AUGUCAAGAAUAAAUGAUAAUCAAUUACCACCCCAACAACAACAACAACAGCAAUGGGAACCACCAACACCAUCACGUUCACGUUCAUGUGAUGGUGUUCUUGGGGGCAAUGGAUAUAAUAAUCUUGGGGGCAAUGGAUAUAAUAAUCUUGGGGGCAAUGGAUAUAAUAAUCGUGGGAGCAAUAGAUAUAAUAAUCUUGGGAGCAAUGGUUAUAAUAAUCGUGGGAGCAAUCGAUUUAAUAAUCUUGGGAGCAAUGGAUAUAACAAUAAUCUUAGGUAUAAUGGUAAUGGAUAUAAUAAUAAAUUUGGGGGCAACGGACAAAAUAACGGAUGUAAUAAUCCUGGAUGUAAUGGAUAUAACAAUGGAUUUAUUCCUCGUCCUGCAAAUAAUUACCGUCCAAAUAAUUACCGUCCAAAUAAUUACCGUCCAAAUAAUUACCGUCCAAAUAAUUACCGUCCAAAUAAUUAUCGUCAAAAUAAUUAUCGUGCAAAUAAUUAUCGUCCAAAUAAUUAUCGUCC